GUUUGGCAUACCUUGCACUCACAGAAGAGAAUAUUCAGACGAUAUUGAUAGAAUUCAUGCGACGGUGCAAUUAAGAUGAACGUGUCAAAGUACCCCAGCGGUGCAAGGUCUGCCAAGACAGGCAGCCCGCCCAUCGGCCGGGGUCAACAAAGACGAGCCCCCAUCAACCACAACCGCAUCCAGUCCUCAAAGGAAUCACUGUCGCACAAGCACAUACCUCGAGAUUGGCGUAGGACGGAAGCUUAGCCCUGUAAGAUGCUGUGUCCGCAAUCUUGAGCAGCCGCACAUGUCUCUUCGGAUGGAAUCGCAUUGACCCGUACUCUCCUCCUGAAACCUCUUAUCGUCGUCAAUGGCUGGGCACCCCGAAGAAGCCGCCCAGCUCCUGCCGGGCUUGCAGGAGGACAAUGAAAGGACAUCAGAAGACUCGGUGUCCACGGCUUCGACCACGAGUCUGGUCUUCGAGCGCAUUGGAUUACGGGUUGAUGCCGAGAAUGAGAAGAAGCUGAAUGGGAACGGCAACAAGAAGAUGGUGACGCCGAAAUUCCCCCCGAAUCGCGAGCCCUUGGCAUACGCAGACGACGAACAUGCACAGCAACUGCUCGAGGACGAAGAGAAGGAUGAUUACGAUGUUGAGAAUGGGCCGUAUAUAAAUAAUUCGAGCGAUAGGAAGGUCGACAAGAACUUUAGGCGGUUGAUGUUCAUACUAGGAGGCAUAUUUAUAGGAGCUUGGGUCGUGGCACUGGUUAUAUUUUUGAGCAGACAGGCGUAUCGGCAUCCAUCCACAACUCCUCAUGAUCCUGAUGCAAUGUCUUCGAAAGGAAACGGGAAGGAGGUUACCCUAGAUCAGGUUAUGGGUGGACAAUGGAGGGCUACACAUCAUGAUAUCAGUUGGAUUGAGGGAGCAAAUGGCGAGGAUGGGCUGCUGCUGGAACAAGGUGCUGGAGGCAAGGAUUAUCUGGUUGUCGAAGAUAUCAGAGGUGCAGAAGGCGACGCAGCGGCCGCUGGAACGAAGACUCUGAUGAAGCAGUCAUACUUUGAAGUUGGUGGCAAGGGAUACUCGCCAAGUCGGGUUUACCCAAGCAAAGAUUUGAAGAAAGUUCUUAUCGCGACGGACUACAAUUCGAAUUGGAGGCACUCAUUCAAUGCGAAGUACUUUAUCUUUGACGUCGAAACUCAGACAGCUGAAGCGUUGGAUCCCACUGCGCCGGACGAUUACAUACAACUCGCAAGUUGGAGCCCGCAGAGCGAUGCUGUAGUGUUUACAAGAGAAAACAACCUCUUCCUGCGGAAACUAUCAUCCCAGAAAGUCACCCAGAUCACCACGGACGGAGGUACAAAUUGCUUCUACGGGAUCCCCGACUGGGUAUAUGAGGAGGAAGUGUUUGGAGGAAAUAGUGCGACUUGGUGGGCCGAAGAUGGAAAAUACAUUGCAUUCUUGCGGACCAACGAGACCGAAGUACCAGAAUACCCUAUUCAAUAUUUCGUUUCCCGACCAAGUGGUGUUCAGCCACCCGAAGGUGAGGAGAAUUAUCCAGAAGUAAGAGAGAUCAAAUAUCCCAAAGCUGGCGCACCAAAUCCGACAGUGGACUUGCAAUUCUACGAUGUAGCUAAGGGCGACGUCUUCGAGGUCAAGAUUGCUGGCUCAUUUGCUCCAGAUAAUCUUUUGAUCACGGAAGUUGUCUGGGCUGGCUCGACUGGAAAGGCUCUUAUCCGCGAAACCAAUAGAGAAAGCGAUAUUCUCCGAGUUGUUAUCGUCGACGUAGAGACGAGGACCGGAAAGACAGUCCGCACUGAGGAUGUUCAAAAGCUUGACGGGGGGUGGUUUGAAGUCUCCGAGAACACUCGUUAUGUUCCUGCUGACCCCUCCAACGGUCGACCACACGACGGGUAUAUUGAUACGGUGAUAUAUAAAAACUAUGACCACUUGGGAUAUUUCACACCAAUGGACAAUCCGGAGCCAAUUAUGCUUACAUCUGGCGACUGGGAAGUUGUUGAUGCUCCUUCAGCAAUGGAUCUGAAGAGGAAUUUAGUUUACUUUCGAGCCACAAAAGAGGGAUCAAUCCAGCGUCAUGUUUACAGUGUCAAUCUGGAUGGCACAAAUAUGCAGGCCCUUACGGAUACCAACAAAGACGGGUACUAUGCCGUUUCAUUUUCGAGCGGCGCUGGCUAUGCACUUCUGAGCUACAAUGGACCCAACAUCCCCUGGCAAAGGGUCAUCAGCACUCCCAGCAACACGAAUCAUUACGAGAAGACCAUUGAGGAGAAUCCAAGACUCGCAGAGAUGGCAGCCCAGCAUGAGCUUCCCAUCAAAAUAUACUCCACUGUAAACAUCGACGGAUUCGAGCUCAAUGUGGUUGAGCGUCGCCCUCCUCAUUUCAACGAGAAGAAACAAUACCCCAUCUUAUUCUACUUGUACGGCGGGCCAGGAUCUCAAAUGGUCGAUAAGGCCUUCACCGUCGAUUUCCAGGCUUACAUUGCAGCCAAUCUUGGGUACAUUGUUGUGACUGUCGAUGGACGUGGCACAGGAUAUAUCGGACGAAAAGCUCGAACAAUCAUCCGUGGAAACAUCGGCUAUUACGAAGCAUACGAUCAAAUCGCCACGGCCAAAAUCUGGACUCAGAAGAGAUAUGUCGAUGCUUCAAGAAUGGCGAUUUGGGGCUGGUCGUACGGCGGCUUUAUGACACUAAAGACUCUCGAGCAGGAUGCUGGAGAGACAUUUUCCUACGGAAUGGCAGUCGCACCUGUCACAGACUGGAGGUUUUACGAUUCGAUUUAUACGGAACGAUAUAUGCACACUCCUCAACACAACCGAGAAGGAUACGAUAACUCCAGCAUCUCAAACAUGACGGCUCUCCACCAGAAUGUCAGAUUCUUGAUCAUGCACGGUGUUGCGGACGAUAAUGUUCACAUGCAAAACUCCUUGACCCUGCUAGACAAGCUGGAUCUCGCUGGGGUGGAGAAUUACGAUGUCCACGUUUUCCCAGACAGCGAUCAUAGCAUUUAUUUCCACAAUGCGAAUAGAAUUGUUUAUGAUAAACUCAACAACUGGCUAAUCAAUGCAUUCAAUGGCGAAUGGCUCCGCACAGCAAACGCCAGCCCCCUUCAACUCGACAGUAUAUCCGACAAGCGGGAUCUCAUAUUUUCUUGAAUCGAACUCACAGCAUUGGGCGGCGUUCACGGUUUAGGAUGGGCAUUGAGCGAUUUAAUUGAUUGUAAGAGUAAAAAUAUCGCUAUAGUCUUUGGCUCUACUAUGCUAAACUCAAAUCGUGUCUCGAUCUCAUCGUAAAUACAGACGAGAAUGUCUUAAAAUUCGCACUUGACUUAUGAGUCUGUUCAGGUCUAUCCAAAAAUCCAAGCCUCCAAGCC